CGACCCCCCCUCGCCUUCCCACCACCAUCCACCCGCCGCGUCGCCUCCGGCUCCGGCGAGAUGUCGCGCUUCGGGCGAUCCGGCCCGCCGCCGAUCCGCGACACAUACUCCCUCCUCGUCCUCAACAUCACCUUCCGCACGACGGCCGAUGACCUCUUUCCGCUCUUCGACAAGUACGGCGAGGUCGUCGACAUCUACAUCCCCAGGGACCGCAGGACUGGCGACUCGCGAGGGUUUGCGUUUGUGAGGUACAAGUAUGAGGACGAGGCGCAGAAGGCAGUUGACAGACUCGAUGGGAGAUUGGUAGAUGGGAGGGAGAUCAUGGUGCAGUUUGCCAAGUACGGCCCAAACGCUGAAAGAAUUGAUAAAGGGAGAAUUGUGGAGCCACUUCCAAGGUCAAGGGGCCGUUCCAGAAGCCGUAGUCCAAGACGAAGGUACCGUGAUGAUUAUCGAGAUGACUAUCGGGAUAGAGAUUAUAGAAGGCGAAGUCGCAGUCAGAGUAGAGAGAGAGAUGGGCGUGACAGGUACAGAGAUAGGGAUUAUUGUCGUCGUAGCAGGAGCCACAGCUAUAGUCCUGAUGAUUACAGGAAGCAUGGGAGGGACAGUUUGUCUUCUGCACGUAAAAGCCCUAGUCGUAGCAGAAGUCUCAGCUACAGUCCUGAUGAUUACAAGAGGCGUGGCAAAGACAGCAGUGCAUCCCCUGCAAGUAGGAGCCCUAGCCGCACCCCUCGCAGAAAGCCACUUUCUCCUGAGGGAUCUCCUGUCAGGCGCAAUGAUGACCGGUCUCCGCGUUCUCAGAGUCCUUCAACAUGAGCGCAGUAUCACUGGUGAUGCAUCACGAACAGCUCAGUAGGACAAAUGGACAAGUCCUGAUCAUAUGAGUGGCUAUAUGAUUGCUUGAUGAUGGGCACUCUUCAGUUACAUUUGUGUCCUGGCUGUCAGUUGCUGCUUCGAGCUUCAAAUACUACUUUCUUUGGGCACCUGAACUGCUUGUCGAGAACUUUAUGUAAACCAGUUCCAUUCCGUUUAUCCUUCCUAUUAGUAUUUCAUAUUAUCACCGUCUUUUCAGUAUUGAGUACUUACUAUUAAUGGUGACCUGCACCUUUCUAGUUACAUGGUGGAGUGAAGAUGUGCUGGCUGAUAAGCGGUCAACAUGCAUGUUGCUUACUAUUCAAGUUGAUAAUGUUUGUGCUGUUUGCCUUGUUGAUGAUGAUGGCUGAUGAGAUGAUGAUGAUGAUGGUACUGCAGCUGCUUGCUCUCUGCACUUAUUAUGCUGACAAGUAAGGUUCCAAUGUUUAACUGAGUUAAAAUUUUGAAAUGUUCAGUCAUAAAACGCUCUGCAUCAUCAUGUUCCUAUGGCUGGCAGUUUUCAAAAUUUGGAGUUUAAAAUGCUUUUGCAGUGAUUUAUUUUUUGACAGAUCCAUAUUAUUUUGGUCAUGAGCCCUGCAUGAACAGAGAUCGAUUGCUGCAUGCUUAGUUGUGUUUUCCUUAAUUUUUGUUGUUUGCCCAAGCAUAUCUUGUCAAGAAUGCUGAAGGUCUAGAAACACGUUUUGUUGUUGACAGCUCAACGCUUACAAUUUCAAUAGAAUUCCUAACCAGUUUAACUUCAGUGUGUCUCCCAAGGAUUGCACUUCUAUAGGUUGGCCAUUCGGUUCUUGUAGUGUUAGUAGAUGGGUGUUGUCUACUCUUGUGAAUAGAAUGCCCUUUGCCAUGCAAUCAAAGUUCAUUGCUACGCUUAUCAACACUAUCUCACGUGCCCUUGCAAGUCAAUGGUUUGCAUGAAUUACAUCAGUUUAUCCUCCCACUUCUCUCAUGCAUCAAGAGCUCGAAAGCUAUGAUGGCAUGCAGAUAGAUUUUGCAUAUUUGGAUUUGUUGCUCUUCAGCAGAAGGCGUGGGAGAGGUUUCACCGUUUCACCAUCAGAAGCCGGGUUGGUUUACAUUUCCUGUCCUGGUGCCUUCUGGAUGUGAAUGGUGAAUGCUGAUGAUUCGCUGCGUGAUUUCGUGCCGUUGUAACGGCCUUUCUGAAGGAGUUUGCUGAAUCAUAUAAAGCUCUGUAAGACUGUAACCAACAGUGAUGUAUGAUAACUUUGCUCGUCAUGCUUCAUCAUUUAUCCAAUUGAAAUUUGGGAUCACGAUUUUGACAAAAA